CUCCCACAAGAACGGGAUCUUCCAUCAUGACUGCUUCACUCGCCAUUAUUCUUCCCUUAGCAUCACACAUCAACUAUUACAGAAUACCAAACCAACCCUUCCUCAAUAAGCCAAAUGGUCAAGCCACAAGAUGACACUCCACACCCGCCUGAGAAACCAUCACCGGUGAAGGUAAAGGCCAAGCCGGCCACAACCACCAAGGCCAAGAAAACACCAUCUUCGAAACCUACAAAGCCGAAGCCAGUACAGGCAAAGUCCAAUGGCGUGGCAGCAGCGAAGCCAAAACCUGCCGUGGUAGAGCCUAAGCGGAACCUAUGGGAAGAGGCGUGGAGGUCCGUCGAUGUGGGCGACGCGAAUAGGAAGCGUCUGACUCAAAAGUGGCAAGAUAGGAACGUCAAUCGGAUAGGAAAAUUGCCCAAGGAGUACGUAGAGGGUGUUAUGAACCUGACUAAAAGCAAACUACGCAUUCAUCAGGAGCGAUGGCCGUCAAAAACGAAGGGGAACGCAUAUGAUCGUGCAAGUUCUAUCUUGAAAUCGGUCAUGACCGUUCAGGCGUUGGGCGAUGUGGUCGUUAAAUCUGAUCCGACAGGCUAUGCGUCUAUCGCAUGGGCGGUGGUUUCCUUUGGUCUGACGCUUAUCCAAAACAACCAGGAACGGAUGCAGCGCAUCUGGGAAGCCUCCGAAUACCUUGCCGUACUUCUGGCUCGAUAUUCUCGCAUCGAGGCUCUUUACCACCGAGUCCAGGUGUCCAAUGCGGCCGAAUUAGGGGAUGCCAUUGUCAAUGUGUACAUAUGUAUACUACAGUAUUCCGCAAAAGUGAAGCAGUCGGUUACAUCGAAAAGAUUAGACCGAAUUAUCCAGAGUUUCAAAUCGCUUACUCAGGAACCGUUGAAGGACUUGCAGAACGCCAUUCAGGGAAGCGACGAGAUGGUGGAAAAGUGGUUUCGGCAAAUAAUGGCUGAGCAGCAGCAAUCCAUGUUCGAAACCCAAGAGGAGGAGAUGAAGCAAGUCAAGAAGAUCCAGACUAUACUAGGGGACGUUAACAAGAGUACAUCUCUGAUCAUGAAGGGGAUUGUGAAGAUUGAUAAGACGCUUUCAGCUACUUGAAUGGCUAUUCCCCAGCGAUCUAGCUGCGGCCAGCGAUGGCAAGCAUAGAAAGCUAAGGUCUGCCAUUGUAUCCAGCGAUGCU